CAUCAGUACUUGGGGCCGCGACUGCCAAAACAGUGACCUCAUAUGUUCCCGAAAUCGGUGCAGCUUGCCAGCAUUCACCGAGAGACUAGCAGACAGUACUGACAGAACAGGAGAAAAUGGGCACCUGCGUCGAAGCUUCCUAUGGCGAUCAUCACUACCUCAAGUAUAAGGCUGAGAUGGAGGGUAUGCAAACCAAAGGCCAAGUUGGAGACAAUUUACCGGCCGUAACGUUUGCCAUCUUUGGACUGGGACGAAUUGGGACUAUUCACUUGGAUAACCUUAGCAGGAACCCAAGGGCAAAAAUCAUCUUUUGCGUAGAAGAGUCGGAUGAAAGAAUCAACUACGUCAGAAACAAAUGGAAAUUGAUGGAACCAGAAACCACAUUCCUGAAGCCGUCCGAACAAGAACAGAUAUUUGACGACGAGAGGGUUGAUGCUGUUUUGGUUUGCACUCCGACUUUCACGCAUGAAGAGAUUGUAUUGAAGUCAUUGAGGAAAGGUAAAGCUGUAUUUUGUGAGAAGCCUUUAGCUUUAGAUGAUGAAGGUAUUGAGCGAUGCUUAGAUGCAGCUAAGAAAUAUAACAAACCUCUACUAUGCGCUUUUAAUAGACGUUUUGAUCCUGGUCUAAAAACUGUUAAAAAUAGGCUGGAUUCUGGAGAAAUCGGAAAAGUGCAAAUUGUGAAAACUUGCAGUCGAGAUUCUCCUAAGCCAAGCUUUGAAUAUUUGAAGAUCUCAGGUGGAAUUUAUCACGACUGUGCAGUUCAUGAUAUCGACUACAUUUGUUGGAUUUUGGGUGAGUAUCCAGUGAGCGUAUCCUCUUUCGCACACACUCAUUUUGAGGAUAUCAAGCAGCUGGACGAUAUGGACACCGUUUGCAUUAUCAUGAAGUUCCCGAGUGGAAUAUUGGCUACCAUUGAUCUCAGUAGAUGCGCUGUUUACGGAUACGACCAAAGAGUGGAAGUGUUUGGAGAAGGUGGAAUGUUGACUUGUGGCGAGCAGAGACCUGUUGGAGUGAGGGCUCACAAUGCUAAGGGUACGACGGCAGUACCCAUCUUCUUUUCUUUCGCUUCUCGGUACCAAGAAUCGUAUGAAAAUGAAAUAGAACAUUUCUUGAAUAUCUGUCAAGGCUCUGAGGAGUGCAGUGUUGAUGGAAGCUGCAUUUUAGCCGUUUCUAAAAUAGCCGCGGCUUGUGAAGAGUCAGCUCGCAAAGGAAAAACUAUUUAUCUCGACUGGGGAAAGGAUCAAAAUGGAGUGAAUGGAUCUUAACAGUGCCAACUAUGCAUAAAAGACUUUAGACAUAUUUAAGCUUGCAACGACAUUUUAAAAUGGGAUGUAAGGCUGCAUCAGCCAUUCAAAUGUCACUAGAAAGCACAAGCUUUCCGCUAGAAAGCGUAACUUAAUUUUGCUGCAUGUACGUAUGCGGAAAAAAAAAUUCUUAUUUAUUUUCGAUGUAUUAUUUAAUAAACCGUGGACAUUUUAUUUUGUUAUUGUA